AUGGCCAGCCUCAAAUUCCGCAGCCCUAUGGACAGCCACCGCAGCAACAAGGUCAAUAUGGCCAACAACCGCAAGCGCCAUAUGGCCAUCCUCCUCCAUCCCCGUCAGCCUCCACAGGGUGGCCAGCAGUACGGAGCUCCACCGCCCCAGGGCGGGUACGGAGGUCCUCCCGCACCUCAGCAGGUUCAAGGCAGUCCCGCCGAGGUCCAAGGCUACAAGCAGCUUCUCCAGGCUUGUAUCCAGGAGAAGGGUCUCCAGACAUUCUACCCUCCCAACUCACCUGCUGCUGGAAAAGUCAACCAAGUAAUCCAGCGAUGGCGCGUGCAAAAAGAGAUUGCCAACGAUAUCGUCAAGCUUGCCCUCUACGACAUUGUUCUGUACAUUGAUGACAGUGGAUCCAUGCAGUUCGAAGAGGAGGGUAGCCGUAUCAAGGACUUGCGCCUUAUUCUGGAGCGAGUCUCUUUUGCUGCGACUUUGUUCGACCAGGACGGUAUCUCUCUCCGCUUCAUGAACACCGAUCUCUCCGGCGUCCGCGACCAGGGAGGCAGGCCUCUUCAGGAUGGCUGCGCAAAUGAGGCCCAAAUUGAACAGAUUAUGCGUGGAGUCCAGUUCAAGGGCCUCACCCCCAUGGGUACCUCGCUCCGCAAGAAAGUCAUUGAUGAGAUCCUUCUCGCCAAGGCUGCUCAAGGUCAGCUGAGGAAGCCUAUCUUGGUCAUUGCCAUCACCGACGGUCAACCCGCUGGUGAGCCGCAGAACGCCGUCUUUGACACAAUCCGCUACGCAUUCGACACCCUUCAGCAGCGCUUCCCUCAAUACGGUCGCGGCGGUGUUGCGUUCGAAUUCGCCCAGGUUGGCAACGACGAGAUGGCCACCAAGUUCCUCAGCAAGCUCGACGAGGACCCGCAGAUCGGCCCCAUGGUGGACUGCACUUCCAACUACGAAAACGAACAGGUCGAAAUGUCUCGCGCUAACCCACCCAUCGACCUCACUCCCGAUCUCUGGAUCAUCAAGCUCCUUCUCGGUGCUAUUGACCGCAGCUACGACUCCAAGGAUGAGAAGACUAACCCUCCUCCUGCUGGUGGCUAUGGCGCGCCUCCUGGCCAGUACGGUGGUGCUCCUCAGCAAGGUUACGGCCAGCCACCUCAGGGCCAGUACGGCGCACCCCCGCCAGGUGGUCAGUAUGGCCAGCCGCCCCAGGGCCAGCAGUACGGUGCUCCUCCGCCAGGCGGUCAGUAUGGUGCUCCUCCUCCUGGCCAGUACCCUCCCCAGGGAGGCCAGUAUGGCCAGCCACCACAGGGCGGUCCGGGCCAGUACGGCGCACCGCCUCCAGGAGGUGGUUACCCUGGUCAGCAGCAGUAUGGUGGCCCACCUCCUGGUAGGCACUAGGAUGUCUAAUGUCUAAACUUGGCGGGAUCAUUGGUGGAACCGGAGCAUAUCACUAGAGUGAUAUGUCCUUGUUAUCCUGUGCUUUGCUUCCUCUGGACCACGAUUGAACUUGUUUGACACACUGGAUGUUCUUGUCGAACCUUGGUAGUUAAUGAAUACUGAAUUCCUAAAUCA